AUGAAAGUAGAACAACCAGGCGGGGUUCUCGCCUCGGAAACGCCAGAUACGCCGCCAGUGGGAAAUACUAACUCAGAUAGCGACAGUAAAACACUGGAUCACUACGAAGAAAAGGAUGCCAGCCAUGCUUUCAAUGAGCAGACGAACUAUGUCCGCCCAAGAACGAUCAUCACGAUCUUUUUGGCAUGUGCCAGCGUCGAUCUCGUGGCCCUUAUGGACCAGACGACACUAGCCGCCAGUUUGAACAUUGUUGGCAAUGCUCUCAACGCGAGUAACCAGACCGCCUGGAUUGCCAGUGGCUAUUACAUAACAUCCACUACUGGCCAAUUGUUGUAUGGGCGCUUGUCUGAUAUUUGGUCGCGAAAAGUCAUUCUUCUAAUCGGUCUUGCGAUAUUCUUCACCGGAUCUCUGGCAUCUUCCGUAGCUGCAACAGGCACACAACUCAUUGUCUUCCGAGCAUGGACCGGUAUCGGAGGCGGCGGGCUUAUGACUGUGGCACAGAUGAUUGUCAGCGAUGUGGUACCGCUAAGGGAAAGAGGAAAAUACCAGGGAAUAUUGGGGGCUGUCGUGGCCAUCGCUAACGGCAUUGGGCCUGUCAUUGGUGGUGCGCUGGCUUCUCAGUCACACGACUCCUGGAGGUGGAUUUUUCGUCUCAACAUGCCUCUCACUCUUCUAACUACUCUCUGUGUCAUUUUCUUUAUGCCUCUUAGAAAAGUGGAAGGGGACUGGAAAGUGAAACUGAAGGCCGUCGACUUUGUAGGGGGCGCCCUGGCUCUGGCUGGUACAUCAGUCUUGAUGCUGGGUCUCACUUGGGGCGGAGGAGAGUACCCAUGGAACUCUGCUCAUGUCAUUGCCACGAUUAUUGUCGGGUUUUUUGUUUCUGUUGGCUUCGUCGCCUGGCAGUGGAAAGGCGCGAGGGUUCCACUUGUGCCGCUGCAUAUCUUCAAGUCCAAGAUUGUAAACGGCGCCUGUAUCACCAUGGCUAUAAACGGAUGGAACUUUGUUGUCCAAGUUUACUAUAUCCCUGCCUUCUAUCAGCUGGCAUUCGGCUACUCCGCCACAAAGGCAGGCGCUAUGUUGCUUCCCGUCACCCUCACGCAAACUCUGUUCAGUACAUUGUCUGGGCUAGUAGUGCAUAAAGUAGGACGCUACAGGGAAUGCAUUCUCCUUGGGUGGGUGAUGUGGGCCGUUGGUGUUGGCCUCAUGUCUACUCUUGACGAGACAUCCAGUGUGGGAAAGCAAGUAGGGUACUCUCUACUAAUUGGUGCCGGAGUGGGCAAUACUUUACAGCCCGCCUUGAUAGCAAUCCAGGCUGGUGUGAGUCGUCGAGACAUGGCAGUGGUCACAUCCUUUCGGAACUUUAUCCGAAAUCUAGGAAGCACUAUCGGACUUGCAAUUUCUGGAACACUUAUCAACAACAUUCUUUCAAGCAGCAUUGCCGGGUUGAACAUAUCAGAUGAAGAUUCUAGAAGACUGCUUGCCAAUCCACAGCACGUCAUGUCAGAGAUGUCUCAAGCGGAGGCGGAACUUGCAAGAGCAGCGAUUUUGCCAGGUUACAGGAAGGCAUUUCGCACCAUCUUCCUCAUCAUGGCAGGGCUGGCCUCUGUGGCCUUCGUUGUAGCAUUUUUCAUGAUGCCUCAAGUAGAGCUUAGUCGACCUGACGACAAUCAGUUGAAAGAUGCCGCUCGAAAGGAAGGGGAGGAAAAGGAGAGCGCGACGAAGUAG